GGUGAAAUUUAUAUUAUUCGUAGCAACGCACGGGUACUAUGCUAGUGUAGUAUGUUUGGCCAAUGGAUCACUUGUAAGUCCUAUAUAAGCACGUACACCCCUCAGCUGUUUUUCCACCUGCCUACCUAGCUACCAAGCUAACAAGCUCCUCGGACAGAUCAGCCAGUGCACUUGAUCACAAGAUGAUGGCUGUGAUGAUACCGGGGCUAGCUGCUUGCUGCGUAGAUGGAACCAGGAUCACCGCGCCGUCGCCACGCGAGAUGCGGGCACCGCCGCCGCGACGAAUCGCCUUCUUCCGCCGGCGUAUGAUCAUCACGGCGGCGGCGAUGACGGCGCCGGAGAAGGCCGAGUUGCUGCGCUCGCUGGACGGGUGGGCGGAGUCGAACCUGCUGCCGCUGCUGAAACCGGUGGAGCGGUCGUGGCAGCCGCACGACCUGCUGCCGGACUCGUCGUCGCCGGGAUUCCGCGAGGCGGUGGACGAGCUGCGGGCGCGGGCGCGCGAGAUCCCCGACGACUACUACGUGUGCCUGGUGGGCAACAUGGUGACGGAGGAGGCCCUCCCCACGUACCACGCCGCCCUCAACAGCUUCGUGGGCUACGGCUCCCCCUCCGGCGACGACGACGCCUGGGCGCGGUGGUCCCGCGGGUGGACGGCGGAGGAGAACCGCCACGGCGACCUCCUCAACCGCUACCUCUACCUGUGCGGGCGCGUGGACGUCCGGCGCGUGGAGCAGACGAUCCACCACCUCAUCGCCGCCGGGAUGCGGCUGGCCGGCGGCGGGUGCCCGUACCGGGGGUUCAUCUACACGGCGUUCCAGGAGCGCGCCACGGCGAUCGCGCACGGCAACACGGCGCGGCGCGCGGCGGCGCUGGGCGACGCGAGCCUGGCGCGGGUCUGUGGCGCUAUCGCGGGCGACGAGAGGCGGCACGAGGCGGCGUACACGCGGGUGGUGGCGGAGCUGUUCCGGCGGACCCCGGACGCCGCCGUGCGCGCGCUCGGGUACAUGAUGCGGGAGCGGAUCCUGAUGCCGGCGCACCGCAUGUUCGACGGGCGGGACCCGGAGCUGUUCCGGCACUACGCCGCCGUGGCGCAGGGGCUCAGCGUCUACACCGCCGCUGACUACGCCGGCCUCGUCGAGUUCUUCGUGGAGCGGUGGGGCGUAGCGGGGCUCGGCCACGGGCUCACCGGCGAGGGUAGGCGCGCGCAGGAGUACGUCUGCCGGCUGCCGGAGAGGGUGCGCAGGAUGGACGCGCGGCGGCGGCAUACGCAGCCGCAACGGGUGCCCUUCUCCUGGGUGUUCGACAGGCAGGUGGAGCUGCACCUCUGACGGUGGUCAUGGCUGAUCGAGCUGUGUACUUGUGCGUCCGACACUGUAUAGAGGUGUGCGGUCUGGUGAUCUGCGCGUUGUUGGGGAUCAGGAGAGUAUUCAAUAAAUCGUAUGGCGCGUACCAUGUCUGAAAAUUUAUACAGAACUUUUUUUAGGGUCGAACGUGAUUAA